CGUCACGGGCCCGUGUGUAGUGGCGGCUGGGCAGCGCUCAGUAGCGGCGCCCGGGAAGCUUGUGCGGCCGCUGGCGGCGACGACCAGGACGACGAUCCGGGCUACUGCCUCUGCAGUCGCGGACGCACCGCUCCCGUCGCUUCCCCAGCCUCCGGCGGCGCCCGGCCCGCGGCUCCCGCCUUCCUGCCCGGCCCCCCACCGGCUUCGGGGCCGCGGCGGCGAGCAGCACCGAGGACCGCCGAGAGGCCCCGGCCGGCCCGGGCCCCAUGUGAAAGCGGGCCCCACCGGCCCGGGCCCGGGACCGACUUCCCGAGCGCCCCUCCGGCCCCGGGGCCCUGCGGCCUCCCCCGACAGGGGGCGCGGUGACAGGCCGCGCGGGGGCGGAGGGGGCGGUGCGGCGGCGGCCCCUCCUCGGGCCUGCAGCUCCCCACGUCCCCGCCGAGGGCCCGGCGAUAAAGAAUGCUGAUGAGAGAAACGUUUUCCUGAUUUUCAAAUUGUGAAGCCUUUGCCAUAAUGGAUGAUCAGCAAGCUUUGAACUCAAUCAUGCAAGAUUUGGCUGUUCUUCAUAAGGCCAGUCGACCAGCAUUAUCCUUACAGGAAACUAGAAAAACAAAAUCAUCAUCACCAAAAAAACAGAAUGAUGUUCGAGUCAAAUUUGAACAUAGAGGGGAAAAAAGAAUCCUUCAGUUCCCCAGGCCAGUUAAACUGGAAGAUCUGAGGUCUAAAGCUAAAAGGGCUUUUGGACAGUCUAUGGAGCUACAUUACACCAAUAAUGAGUUGGUAAUUCCCUUAACGACACAAGAUGACUUGGACAAAGCUGUGGAGCUGCUCGAUCGUAGUAUUCAUAUGAAGAGCCUCAAGAUAUUGCUUGUAAUAAAUGGAAGUUCACAGGCUACUAAUUUAGAACCACUGGCAUCACUAGAAGAUUUGGAUGACACAGUAUUUGGAGCAGAGAGGAAAAAGCGGCUUUCUGUAGUAGGUUCCACUAGCAGAGAUAGAAGUUCUCCUCCCCCAGGAUACAUUCCAGAUGAAUUACACCAGGUCGCCCGGAAUGGGUCAUUCACUAGCAUCAACAGUGAGGGAGAGUUCAUUCCCGAGAGCAUGGACCACCAAAUGCUGGACCCAUUGUCUUUAAGCAGCCCUGAAAAUUCUGGCUCAGGAAGCUGUCCAUCACUUGAUAGUCCUUUGGAUGGAGAGAGCUAUUCAAAAUCACGAAUGCCUAGGGCACAGAGCUACCCGGAUAAUCAUCAGGAAUUUUCAGACUAUGAUAACCCUAUCUUUGAGAAAUUUGGAAAAGGAGGAACAUACCCAAGAAGGUAUCAUGUUUCAUAUCACCAUCAAGACUAUAGUGAUGGUCGUAAAACUUUUCCAAGAGCCCGAAGGACUCAGGGGACCAGCUUCCGGUCUCCUGUGAGUUUCAGUCCUACUGAUCACUCCUUAAGCACUAGUAGUGGAAGCAGUGUCUUUACCCCAGAGUAUGAGGAUAGUCGAAUAAGAAGAAGGGGAAGUGACAUAGACAAUCCUACGUUGACUGUCAUGGACAUCAGCCCACCCAGUCGCUCACCUCGUGCUCCAACCAACUGGAGAUUGGGCAAAUUGCUUGGCCAGGGAGCCUUUGGCAGGGUCUACCUCUGUUACGAUGUUGAUACAGGAAGAGAACUGGCUGUUAAACAAGUUCAAUUUGACCCUGAUAGCCCCGAGACCAGCAAGGAAGUAAAUGCACUUGAAUGUGAAAUUCAGUUGUUGAAAAACUUGCUGCAUGAGCGAAUUGUUCAGUAUUAUGGCUGUUUGAGGGAUCCCCAGGAAAAAACACUCUCCAUAUUUAUGGAAUAUAUGCCAGGGGGCUCAAUUAAGGACCAAUUAAAGGCAUAUGGAGCUCUUACUGAGAAUGUGACAAGGAAAUACACCCGUCAGAUCCUGGAAGGUGUCCAUUAUUUGCAUAGUAAUAUGAUUGUUCAUAGGGAUAUCAAAGGCGCAAAUAUUCUACGAGAUUCAACAGGUAACGUCAAACUAGGAGAUUUUGGGGCCAGCAAACGUCUUCAGACCAUCUGUCUUUCAGGGACAGGAAUGAAGUCUGUCACAGGCACACCAUAUUGGAUGAGCCCUGAAGUAAUUAGUGGGGAAGGCUACGGAAGAAAAGCAGAUAUCUGGAGUGUAGGCUGUACUGUGGUAGAAAUGCUGACUGAAAAGCCUCCUUGGGCAGAAUUUGAAGCGAUGGCUGCCAUCUUUAAAAUAGCCACUCAGCCAACAAACCCAAAGCUGCCACCUCAUGCCUCAGACUAUACUCGAGAUUUUCUCAAACGGAUUUUUGUAGAGGCCAAACUGAGACCAUCAGCUGAUGAACUCUUAAGGCACAUGUUUGUGCAUUAUCACUAGCAGCCAGUAACCUAUCCUGUGCCUCUACCCAGCACCCAUCUAUUCAUUCACCUUCUCUCUGACUGCACUUUUCUUUUUUAUAAAAAAAAGAGAGAUGGGGGAGAAAAAAAGACAAGAGGGAAAGUAUUUCUCUUGAUUCUUGGUUAAAUUUGUUUAAUAAUAAUAGUAUCCUAAAUUUUUUAUAUUUAGUCUUUUUUUUUCCCUUACAAGAACUUGAAACCCCCCCUUUUUUUUUUUUUUUUAAAUUUUUAUAAUGUACUGAUGUGGUUCAGAGAGGUAAAGCACUUUAGUACAUAGUAACUCUUUAUAGUCAAAAAAAUAUUAUUUGAAAUACCUAAAGAUUGUAGUCUUUCCCAUUGUCACUGACUUAUUUGUGAUUACGAGGGAGAAAUGGAAAAUAAGGAGAAGAAAAUGAUGUACAAUUUGUAGUUUUUAGUGAUAGUAUUUAAAAUAGAUCCUCAUUUUGGGGGUUGAGCCCUAAACAUGAGUUUAGGGUAGGUACUCAAAGAAUAUAGAUUCCAUCUUAUGUCUGUGUUCUUCAUUCUUAACCUCUGUCUACCAAGCUUUUUGCUCAGUAGGAAUCUUGAUAGAAAACACAGAUCUCUUAAGAGGUAUGUUUAUUUGUUAAUCCUAACCAUUAUAAUAAGCAAAUACACUAUAAUAGAUCCAUUUUACUGGAAUCUGUAAUUUUGAGAGAUAUCUUUCUGUUUAAAAACACCAAACAAUUUUAUUUUAAAGCAGAUAUGGGGAGUCAAUAGAGCAAAUCCAAAAUAAGAUAUGAAAGGAGAUUGUUCUCAUUAAGUGUUGUGAGCAGUAGAAGAGACCACAUUUGCCAGGCAACAGAAAUAAUGAAAGAGAGAACUGUUAUUGUUUUAAAUGAAGGGAAAAGAGAAAUAAUCAAAAUCAUGUGUACUCUCCUCUUAUUUCUGGCUCCUGAUCCCCAUAGGUAACAUUCUCUAGGAAAUGAGAGUUUAGCCCAGAUAAUCCAUGCUUUAAAGCUGGUGUCAUGAAAUGGAACCCUUAUUCUGGGACCACAGAAGAAAUUACCUCAAAAAGCAGUGUCAUGUAAAACAGUGAUUCCCAGUGUAGGAUGGGGUGGGGAGUUUUGCUUCCCAUUUGGCAAAGCCUGGAAACAUUUGUGGUUGUCACGACUUGGGAGAUGCUACUGGCAUCCAGUGAGUAGAGGCCAGGGAUGCUGCUAAACCAACUGUAAGGCCCAAGGAUAGAGCCCUGGCCCACCCCCCAACCAAGAAUUAUCUGGUCCCAAAUAAACCCUGAAGUAAAGACCAGUUGCAGUUAUAAAUUGAAAACAGACAUCCGCGGGGGGGUGGGGGGUGGGAGGGUGGUGGCUUGCAAAAAAGUGAUGUAAUUCAAAAUGAGGAUUUUAUAAGAGCAGAUAGCACUACUUUGUCCAGGGUGAAUGAUCUCUACAAAUAGCAGUCUCUUCCUUACCAGCUGCAUAUGGCACCCAAAUGAGUAAUUCUUCCAUUUUAGAAACAAAACGAAAUUGAGCACUGACCCUUUGAAUUCAGCCACCUGCAUAGUCUUUCUUCAAAUAUCAGUUUACAAUUGUGGGGAAAAAAAAGCAUAUCAGAAGAAAAUAUUAACUACUUAACAUGAAGGUUUAAAACACUGCCACAUAUUUCUAGCUUAUAAUGUAGCCAUUAAGAGCAAGGAUAUUAAACAGAAGCAGACAGUUGGGAAACAUCCCACUAUCUAACAGAGCUGUGCUACUGAGAUACAUGAAUGAUAAUAAUUUGGCCACUUGCAGUUCUGUUUGUUUUUGUUUUUGUUUUCCUGUAUUUUAAAUCAAGUUCUAAAUACUUUCUUUUUAAAGGUCUAGAAAAAUAAUAGUCUUCCUCUAGUCCCUAAAUGUGAUGACUUGGUGGGAUUCAUAAGGGGCUCAGCUAUUCUUAUUUCUGCCAAUAGGUAGGCUCUUUUAGGGACUUUUAAAAUACUUUCUUUCUGAUUAGGUGGAUCUUAUUUCACUGAAUCAAGGUCCUAUCUGGCAUUCCCAUAGGAAUAUUUGAAAUUUUGCUAGCUAGUUUGAGAAGAAGUCAAAGCACAAGUUAGUUGUCAAACUUCUCCCAUCCAUACCCUUGUACUCAAAGGGAGCAGCUUGCCAGGAAGAACAAGUAGUGCCUCCCCCUCGCCCCUUGGUAAAUCAGUUGCCAAACCUUGUGCUAGAAACUACAUAAAUCCCAAGUUUGUGGCUCGAUUAUAAUUUCUCUGUCUUUGAUCAGUAAGGGCAUCUCUCCUCCUUGAGUAGAUUCGUGGUGUGGAGGCCAAUGUCCUUACCCUGUGUUUCAUUGUCUAUUGUCCUGAUUCCCUUUGGCUUGUUUUUGGUCUGUCAGGGUAACCAGCAGUGCAGAGUAUCAGAUAAAUGCUUUAUUUUAGAGAGAAAUCUGGGAGGUUGUGAAACCCAAAGCAAAACUGUUUGCUUUUCUCAGUCUUCUUUUGCUUCUCUAUGUCCUAUAGAAAAUAGAGGCAUCUGCAAAGAAACUACUACUUUAACACUGCUGCAGAAGACCUUUGCUUUAUAAGAAUAAAACAUUAUAGCUUUGGGAAGAUCAUGUUCUUUAUGUAAAAAUUUAAAAAUAGACUCAGUACAUAGAGUUAUAUAAAAUGUGAUUUGUCUUCAUUUCAGACAAGUUGUGAAGCUACCAAAAACCACAAUAAAAGUUAAUAUAUAUAAAAACUACUAGAACAAACAGACUUGAAGGUGGGAAUGUGGGGUGUGGAAGACCAAAAGUAAAUUAAAAAAAGAAAACUUUGAAAGGAAACACCUUUAUCACGGGUGUUAAAUGUAACACUCCAUUUUUUUCCUUCUUUCUAAUGAUGUGGAUCAACAAAUGAAAUCUAAGCUUUUUCAGAUGACUUUAAAUGUAUUUUGUUUUUUUAAAUGCACAACUGAUUCUUCUAUACUGUAAUUGUCCUUUGCUGAGGCUGGAAAAUGGCCAGACUGCUGACAUUGUGCCUUUAAAACGUGUCCUGCUCUGACAAUGGCAGACUUUCUGGUGCUGGAGAAGAUUCACCUGCAGUCUCAUGUGCUUUUCAGGAAAUACCUUUCUGCUGAGACCUUCAGAUAUUCAAAGUGGCAUGAUUUAGGCUUGGACUAAAUGUAAGAUCUUUUACAUCGCGAACAAAUUGUUUCAAAUAAAAGGGUUGGAAAAUAUGGUAACGACUAAUGGAAAUUUUGAUGGGUUGCUAAUUAUUUGAAAAUGUGCUUAAAAGUAUAUGACAUUGAAAAUUUCAGUGUAACUGCCCUGAAAUCUUUCAGCAUGGUUCCUCAUUAACAAAAUUUGUUUCUAACUUUAAAAAUGUUUAACAACUAAUGCCUUAGAAAGUUUUAAAAGGCACAGUCAACCUUACAUGACGUGUAUAAGGGAUCAAAAUGUUAAUGGCCAUCCUUUGAUUUCACAGUAAAUUGAGCUGGCUUUCACUUGAGAAAGCCUUUAACCUGUUUUCAAUAGAAACUGCAUAAAAGUGAAAUUAUUUCAUUAGAGUAGCUUUCUGCUACUCCUGCUCUUACAUGUGUCAGGUCUGGUGUGUACUGUUUCUGAGAUUUAUUUAUAGAGUUGUUUUAAUAAGAUAUGUAAUAUCACACUAAGAAAAUAAAAUCAAAUCUGGAUAAUUUAGAGGCAUGACCAAGCUUGGAUGCAGAUGCCAAGAUGUUUGCCAGAAGCAGACUCCUUGGCUCAUAGCAGAGUUCUGUUUCAUUUGGGGUCUAGGAACCAAUAACUUGAUAUUAAAUCAUCUAGUGUCAAUCAAGUAUAGGAGUCUUUCCAUUAAAAAAAAAAUAGGGUGAAUCUUUUUUAUUUGCUUAUUCAAUAAUUGUUGCUUAUUGUGUCAGGUACUGAAUUAACUUUUAUCCUUAAGGAGGUCUCGGUCUAGGAGGAAACACAGGCAAACGGUUACUUAUUUUGACCCUGAAAGUUCAGCCCUGAUGUUUUAAAAGUUCAUGACUGUUUUUAUGAAAUGAGAGGAAAAGCAAUUUGGGUAAUCAUUGGCUUUUAUAAAUGGAAAUGUCUUUAACAAAAGUGAUAGACUCAAAAUCAGAGGGACCCCCAUAGAUGAGGCAGCCUCUCAGGACUCCUCUUAAAAUACUCAGCCUCUGCUCACUUUUCGGUGAUGGGAGCAUUUAUAACAUGACUUUAUUCAGCUAUUUCUUUUAAAGGGAAAAUUUUUUUUUGUCUAAAUUGUUAAAACACCCAAACAUUUGAUAGAAAUUGAACACUGCCAACUGUGUUAUUUUUGUUAAGAUCAGGACAAUUUCUUGAGACCAAAUUGUUUUCUCAUUAAAUUUGGUCUUUGUUACAAAUGUAAUGUUCACUUUUUUAAAAAAAAAUUAAGAUUGGCUAAUUGUUAAUGAAAAGCAAUUUAAUUGUAAUUUUUGGUAGUGCCUUUUUGCUCUGUAUGCCUUAGUUUUAUUUUAUAUCAACAAUAAUUCAAGUUACCCACCAAAAGGAAGGUUUUUCCAAAGCCAUUAGGCUUCAAGAGUUCACUGGGCCUUAGACUGUGUAUUGGCCCUUAAUGCCUGCUUCUUCCUCCUACCUUUCCUACCUCCUUUUUAAAAAAAUGUAUAUAUCAGUUAGGAGAGAAAAUUAGCAUCUGUGAUGGACACACUGCAGUCUCCCUAACUGGGAAUUCCUAGGCUAAGCAUAGAAAAGGGUAUUCUAGUUCUAAAGAGACAUAGGAAAUUGUUUUCCAGGUUGAUUACUUGGUUUUCAAUUCUGUUAGCACCAGCUAAGUGCUUUGUAUAUGAUGGUUCAGUUAUGAGUCUCACAGCAGAGCUAGGAUUGUGGUUUCUGCCCUAAAGCGGUCAUUUAAAUGGUUUACAAAUGUGAAGUCACAAGACUUAGGGCAAUGAACAAGAAAUCCAGGGAUAGUGAAUUCAAAUCCUUACUUUUUAGCUAGAUUUUGACUGAUAGUGGUUGCUUACUUUUCUGUGAUGUGUGUGUGUGUGUGUGUCUUUGGAGUUGGGACAGGGUGGGAAGGAAGGAAGGAAAGAGUCUAUCAGUCCCCUGUUCUUGGAAGAACUUAAAAGUGUGUGUCCUGUUGAUGGCGGAUCAGUGUAGUCAUCUUCAGGUAGGAAAGCCAGCACAUUUCCCACACGUAGCUAGUACAAAUGACUGUUUCAUAAAGGUAUUUAUUGUAAAUUGCCAAACACUUGGUUGCUAAAAGUAGAUUAAAAUGGAAUUUGUAUGUGUACAUGUCUGUAGAAUAAUGAACUUGUAUGUAAUUCUUAAAUAGAAAGUAAUUGAUAUUACAUAGCUCUUAAUGAAUUCUUUGGUAUAGAAAUUCUGCCAGACAUUAUCAAAAUAAGCUUCCUUAGCUUACCAAGUAUUCAAAUGGAAAUUCUCGUAUACCUCGUGUUGGUUGGCUAGGGAAGGUGUGUGUGAAGUCACCGUUCCUACUUGGUAGUUGUCUUUAGCGUUGCUUCGUCUUCUUUUUUCCACAAUCUAGACGGGAAGCCAGGGGCCAGCCAUCUCUCCACAUACCGUUUUCAGAGCUCUCAGCAAAUCUCGGGGUUCGUGAGAGCAGUCGAGGUUGUGUUUCAGAUUUGAGGGACAAGUUAUAGUUAUACUAGACAAAAGAAUCAGUCUUGUCUGUGGUCUGCAAACAGUGUCAUAAAUUUUUUCAUUGUUUUCAUAAUUGUACAUUUUAAUUGAUAGUACUAUGGUAUUUUUUUUAAUAAUAGCAAAUGCAUUUAAUAGUGAGUACUAUAAUUCCCUCUACUGCCGACUUCUUGUUUGUAUUCACAAUCUGUGUUAGCAGAAUCACUUUAAACCAAAGCUUUUCUAUUCCCUGUUCACACAGCCAAAAUGAUUAGCACUGUUACUUCUGCCCACCUGUAAGCCAAUGGGAUAAGAAUGAUAAUGCAGGUACCAGUAGAAUUUGUUUGUGUGUCAAUCUAUCAUUCAAGGAAGAGGACAGGUGCUCAGUGUUUGCAUUUAGACAUACAGAAUUUACUUCAGCUGUUAAGGAACCAUGCAGACUUAUGAACUUGACAUGUGCCAAUCUUACUAAAAUCCCUUGACCAUAGGUGCACGUUCAUAUUCAUUUACAUGUGAUGCCUCGGGUUGGUGGCACAUUGUUUUCCUAGUGUCUUAACAUUUAAGAAUUUGUAUCUGUCUUGAGGGGUGUUUCAAGAAAGCUGUGAAGAAGAGUAGGCUAUGGACUGGCAUCUGCUUUGUGCCAUAGACAUUUUGGAAGUUAAGAAAGAGUCUGCUCUGCAGUAUACGUGCAGAAUUUGUCCCCAGAUAAGGAUUUUGGAGUCCCUUGAGAACAGUAAAGUUUGCAACUAUACUGAAAAGCACUUUUGUGUUCACGUAUUUAUAUUUUUUUAGAACUUAUUUUUGCCAAGUAUACAUAACUAGUAAUGAUUUUAGCAUUAGCAUUACUUGGAAGGAGGAGAGAGAGAAAGGUAACAAAAUUACAUCUUAGACUCUAUUAGAUACUUAGACUCCAAAAUGGAUUCAACAUAUUCUGAUUUUUCCAAAGACUUUCUUUCCACCUGGAAUAAGACGAGGAUCAGUGGAGAAAGGAAGGAGACAUUGAGUGGGAAAGGCUUGUGGGCAAAAGAAAGCGGCCAAACCCUUGCAGUGUAACCUCUUCAAUGGAAAGUACAGUGUCUAAGGAUAAGAAUACUUUAAAAACAAAUGAUCUUUUUUUUAACACAAUCUUAAGUAAAAGGUUUACAACAUUUUUUCUAUUGCUGUUGUUUUAAAAAUUUGCUACCCUGUGUUCUGAAAUACUAUAAAAGAGUUAAUACCAAAAAUACUUUUAAUGUCUGACAUCUCUUACAUUUCACAUGGUUCUUUUAAUUCAGAUAUCAUUGUAAAUAAAAUUAAAGGAUAAAUUUAAGAAUAAACUUUUCAUCAUUGCAAAACUAUGAUUAUGAAUUUGUAAACUUACCCUUUGAUCUAAUGUACAUUUUUAAAUGUAGUCAUUAAAUUCUCUAUUUCAAUCUAUUGGUUUCUCUCUGUAAAUGUUUUCAACUCAGUUGAAUGCUGGGCAAUUUAUAAUUAUGUACAGAAGUGUUUUUUUUCCUAUCAAGGUUGACUUUUUUGCACAUUUUUGAAACUGUUUAAUUUGUACACUGAUUUACUACUUUGACCAAUAAUUGUUGAGUGUAUGAGCGUCAAGAAUGUGUGCGUUGAACUACUGUCUGUGUCUGUAUUUUAACUCCUAUCAAGACAUCGCCCUCAGUAACCUCACUGCUGUUCCUGAAGUCAGUGGACCGUCUUGCUUUCACAAAGUCUCCUUUGCUCUGGUUCUAUCUUUGUUGAAGAACUCAGGAGUUCAAUCUUACUUUCUAAAUGUAUAAUGUGUUCUAAAGUCCAUUGCUCAUUUUACAGUUUGCUUAUAACUGUGUAUCGGGAUGUGUGUUUGAGUGGAGUCGUCUUUUUCUGUCUGUAGGUACAUGUAUAUAACCCAGUAAUUUCUUAUUUUUGUUUCAUUUCUACAUUUUUAUGAACUUGUUUUAUAAAGGUACUAUUUAGUUAGAAUAAUUAAAUAUAUAUAAAAGCUUUUGGAGAGAUUAUUUACUAUAUGAAUAUAUUUUCAGCUGGCUGAUCAAAAGUAUUUUUUUAAUUUUGUUUUUAACCAUUUGAAAUGUAUUUGUAUUUCCAGAAUUGGACACAAAUUGUACUUAGAUCUCAAAACAUUCUUACAAGAAAAGGCAUUGAAUUCUCUUUUGAGAAUUCUGUAAAAUGCAAAUUAAGAGAAUAAAGUGGAUUUUAAGCAUAGCAAAAACACAUUGUCCACUAAAACAGCCUUUGAAUUCUUGGAGCUGUGAAAAUGUGAGAAAAUAAAUUGUCUUGAAGAGAUGUCAAAAUUUUUUUUAUCUCCAGUUGCUGUUGGCCUGUCCUACUGUUGUUUUAAAAUAUUUCCUUUAUUCUACCCCUACUUCCCUCCCCCAAAUUCCAACUUUAUAGUUUUUCUCUUACUGGGCAUGGUCAGACUGGGUUUACAAAACAAUACAUUGGCAUAUUGUGAUUCUCUGUAAUUGAAUGACUAUAAAUUGGUUUAGAAAUGUCCAAAUGUACAUUGUUGUGUCUUUAUACUGUAUUUGUGUGUUUUAAGGUAACUGGCAGAAAAAGAUUUGGAAAUAAGAUUUCCAAUCUGAAUAUGUUAUUGUACUUAAAGAAAACCUUUUUUUUAAUAUGCGGUACCACGUAAAAAUUACUUGUGCUAGGAAUACAGUCCACUGUUGAAUGUUACUAAGCUUAUGUUAAAAGGAGCCAGUAUGAUGAGAAAAGCCUGCCAGAAGCCCAGAUAUGGUGUGGUUUGUACCACAUUUCAUGCACAUUUUGAUUUUGUGUUGUUCAUGCAAAAUUAUGCUUGUAAAAAUGUAUAAAUUUUCUGAGUUUUAUAAUUUCUGUGUACUUGUUUUUUCCUUGCUGGUAAAUACCUUUUGUUUUCGUUUUUGUUUUUAAAUCUAAUGUAAAAGAAACCAUGUUUAUAUUUUGUUGUUGAUCAGUGACUUUGUUUAUAUGGAAAUUUGUAUAUUGUUGGCACACAUCUUUAUUUAGGUUUAUUGUGCAUGAAGGCCUGCAAUAAUUAGCACAGUGAAAAUUGCUUUUUCUUACAUGUUCAUUUUUUGAAAGACUGUGGUGCAAAGUCUUACUCUAAGUAACCUUCUGGAUUUUGGAAUGAAUAUUAACGAAUGGCACUUUGAGUGUUAAUAAAGCUGAUAUUUAUUUCCACUGUGA